AUGUUGGCCGCGACUCUGUCGCGUUCACCCUCGCCAAAGCGAAAGCCACAACCGCUACAACAACAACAACAGCAGCAACAGCAGCAGCAGCGCGGGGGUGGCAGUCUGUCGUCUCCCAAGUUCUCCUUCCGUGCCGCGUUUGGCCAGCAAAAGGCUACUAAGCUCGCUUCCAAGACUGCUCCAGCGAAUGCGAGUAAUGGCGCACUUGCACAUGCUCAUGUACAGCAGCCGGCUGUUGAGCCAGCCAGCGUCCCUCGACCGAUCCGUGCCAUCGUCACGAGCAGCAUCCCUUCGCUCAAUCACAAAGGGCGCCUGGUAUCCGCUUCGAACCAGUACCAACGUCGAGCUGCACAGACGAGUCCAGACGCCACGCGCGCUUCGUCCUCGCUCGGAAAGCGACCCAUGGACGAAGCUCCCAUCGCCACUCAAGUGCCAGAUGGCAGCGCAAUGAGCGACUUUGGUCCAAUCAUUCGCAACUCAGCUUCCACCACCGCGAUGGCUCCUUUACGCGCAAAUGCUCCCACAUCCACAUCCGCAUCCAUUCGCACCCGCACCACAACAUCAAAGCUUCCCGGCCCUCCCUCCGUUCGAGCACAGUGGAGAAGCGCAGUCGCACCCACCAAAUCGCUCCCUUCCCCAUCCCCAUCCUCCAAGCCUCCUCGUACCAAGAUCGCACGCUCGGACAGCGUAGCCGAAGUACACGCUGCAAGCGUCCACACCACACCCAACACCACUACCACCUCGCCCUCUCCCGCAUCGGCGCGCUCCGCAACCACGAUCGCGUCCAGCUUGGGAAGCAUACGCAACCGCACCAUCAGCGCUUCCGCCGGACGCGCCGCUCCCACACAACAACAACAACAGCAGAAGCAGCAGCAGCAAAGGCCCAAGAUCGGUACGUUGCCAAAGCCAAAGUUCAAAACCGCGUCUGUCAAGACGCUACUGGACGAAAAGCCGAUCCGGGGGCUCAGACCGGCUUUGUUGGCAGGUAUUGGGGAUCUUCAGGCUCAUGACUCGCAAUCGGACGGUGAGCAAGACGACGAUGAUGAUGACGAUGAUGAUGACGAUGACGAUGACGAUGACGAUGAUGAUGAUGACGACGACGACGACGAUCAGUGUGACCUAGAAGGGCCCGACGUCUCGAGGAUUCGCACGAGACGCGUAGCAAGUCAGCCGACGCAUGACGCAGCAGCGGUGCACCUGGCCGACUCGACACUGUCAAAGAGGCUUCCUCCUGCAUCGUCGAUCUCAAACGCUUCCAGAAUUCCAAGUGCUGGAAGCACUCAUGCACCACGAGCUACGCGUCGAACUGAGCGACCCUCAUUGGGCAGCAACGUCAGUGCGUCUGCGACCAACGAAAAGGAAAACAUCUCGGUGCGUCCACCUUCACAACCGAAUGCAGCCACCAAGCGGUACAGCACGGGCGCUUUAUCUGUAGCACGCGCUCGAGCACGGUCGAGCCUGGCGCUAGCUGUAUCACAACCCACUCCUCAAGCCAAAGUCGCCAGUGUGUCACAGACGUCCACCGAGGCGUACAAUGUCGUCGAAACGGUCAGUGUCGAAGCGGUACAGCCAGUCGAAAGCGCGCCUAGGUCGUCGAUCAAGACGUCCUCGCUCGCUGCGCUCCGCUCGCACGGCGUACAGACCGAAUCGACCAAGCCGCGCUCGAGCACCGAAUCCGCCCUGGCUUCAGUCUCGAGCAGGCUCGACAGACUCGACAGACUCGAACUCGGCAUCAAAGCUUCCAUCGUCCAGGCCAACCGCGUGCAUCCCUCGCUCCUUGCGCUUCAGGCGGCCAAAGCCACGCACCACGAACCCAUCAGCACACCAGAGGCACUCAUCAAGGCGAAAAAGAGGCUCAGUGGCGCGCUCCUCUCUUCGUCUUGCUCGUCUAACCUCAGCGCUGGUGCAUCGACCGCCUCGCCCUCGGAACGUACGAGCCUUGCAAGGUCGACCUCGCUCCAUAGAUUCGGAUCGCUCGCAAAAGUGCAGCACACACCGCGCGAUGGCACAAAGCACACACGCCCAGCGCACGCAAUCCAAGGCGCGGCAUUGACGCCAUCCUCCUCGACGGUUUUGCCGCGGUCGGGAUCCAGGUCGCCCAUCAAGUCUUCCCUUUUGCUCUUCCCGGUCACGGCCAACCAAGAGCCGACGAGCAACGCCCCCCCCUUGCCCAGUCGGAAGCCCGUCUGCAUCGGUGUCAAGCAUCCGCACCAGAGCGCACGCAAUCGCGUACUGUCGUCGAGCGAAAUCGAUGCUAGCCUGCUCGCCAGUCUCAGGGUGGUUGCACAGAAAGCUAACCUCUCGGUGGUUGAUUUGAUGGACGAUGAAAAGCAACAGCGCCAGCAGAAGCAGGGUGAUUACGAAUGUUGCGAGAUCGAGAUCCAGUGCGAGUGCGAGUGCGAGUGCAAGCCAGAGCCAGAGCCAGAGCCAGAGCCACUGUCGUUGGGUGCGGCCUCGACGCAGACGAGACGGCAGAGACGGGCGUCGGAAGAGCUCGAGGCUUUGGCGCGUGAUGUGUCGGUGGAGCUCAUGGCGUUGGACUUGGCUGUUGCAUCUCCCGUGUCAGACAUGAGCAUGCUUCGAUCGCCCGUGCUGCGCCAUGGUGUGUGUCUGGAUACCCCACCGAGCGCGCUUGGCGCCACGACGGCAGCAAGCGCGUCGAUCGGCGAUACUCGACGCAGCAACCAUCCUGACCAGACGGAAAACGACGAGGCCAACGCCAACACGCAUGACGACACCACCGAUUCGUGGUGCGCAUCGCCAUCGCUUCGAGCGGCUACCGCUGCUACACGUCUUGCUCGUCGUCCCAACGUCGCACCCAACCAGACCACCGAGACGCCCGAGCCACCACGAGCGUACCGAGACGGUGGCUCGAUUCCAUCCACGCCAUUCGGCGCGGCUGCGUCGCCGCCUGCCUUGACACCACCUCGAAGCGUAGCCGGCCGCGCUCGUUCGACCGCCAUGUCGGCCAAGACGCGCUUGCGACUCAAAUCGGCACUCAGAGAAUCGCUCGGUCUGGAAGCACACCUGGCUGCGGUCAAGCACGCUUCGGACUCAGGAAGCGCUACUGACGACAGUUCUGUCUUCUUGCACAAGCUCGACCAGGGACAUGCCAACGAGCGCACAGUAGCGGACGCCGGUGAGCUGCGCAAGAGCAUCAGCGCCAUGCUGCUGAGCGAAGACGAGCGCGGCCUGGACGAGUUGGUCAGUGCAGUUGCACGGAUCAGACUGCAAGAUUUGGCGCCGGAGCAAGCAUCGACGACCGAGACGUGUACUGGCGAAAGCGUGUGUGCGCCAGCGUCGGAGCAAGUGCAAGUGCAAGUGGAGCUCUCGGCAGCGCUGUCGGAGCUCACCAUGCUGCGCACACAGCUGGAGCAGUCGCGCACACAUUCCUCGCAGCUGGAAGCGCAACUUGCGCUGCACGCCGCCUCUACCGCGCGCACAGCGCGCACACAGCUGAUGCUGCAAACUCAGCUUGGCACAAUCCAAACCGACCUCGCUCGCGUCGAGUGCAACAAGGCACACACCGCGUGGGCGAGAGCGAGGGCGGAAGCGCUCGCCGAACUGCACGACGUCAGAGUACAGCACGAUGCCAUGCUCGUACUCGACGCUCAGAUGCGCAUGUGGCAGCGCAUCAUAACGCUGAUCUCAUAA